AGUCCUGAAACCCUGGUGAAAACGCGAGGGUCGUGCAUAAAGUCCGCCUGCCCUGCCCAACCCUUGGGUCCUGGUGACUUCUUGGAGUUGCAACGCAAGUGACGAAAUGGCAAGCGACUGUUUUGAGACCGAGGGGUAUUACAGCGCCUUCACGGGGUUGAUGAAGAAGGACCAAAGAAUGAUGUGGUUAUACUGAGUGACUGGCCUGAGGCUCUAUACCAGGAAUCCUGCAACCCCAAUAACAUGCCGUUUGCCUGCUUCUACUCCAUCAAUGUCAACUACUUCAUCUUCUUAAACUGGGUGGAACCAUAUACUACACAAAUUCAGGCAGUACUUUGGAUACAGAAAAAUGAUGAAGGCAUGAAAGGGAUUGUGGAGAAGAUGGAGUUUCCCUUGGUAGAUCAAGUGCCACCCAUCCAAGCAAUGGUCCACGCUGGUUCCUAUCACAUGUUCAUUGCUUACUGUGGUGACUUGUGCCUGCGGCUCUUUGCAGAUCACCACAGAGCUUUCAAAUCUCUGGGUACGGUGCCCUGCCGUUUCUCCAUCAGCUGCCUCUGCUAUGAUUCAGAAACUGAGAUGCUGCUGUCUGGCACAUUAGGGGCUGUGGUUACCUGGUUUAUCUUACCAAAUGGCAAGGUCCUCCAGAUGGCUCAAAGUGUGCCCAUGCCUGGUCAUGAGCUUGUACAGGGCUUUUCCUUGAAUGGACCCCAGGGCUCCCUCCUGGCUCUGUGUGAGAAUACAAUGAGGGCCUUCACCCACCAAGGCCAGGAUCAACUGGAAGAGGUGAAGAGUUUUACUCCCAUAGCAAGUGGCUCCUCCAUUACCUGCUCCUUCACUUGUAUCUCUCAGGGCUAUCUCUAUGCUGAAAGCAGGGCUGGGGAGAUCUAUGCUUGGGGUCUAGAUCAGGGCAACUUCCUCCACAGCUUCCAGGCCCAUUCCUCAUCAGUGGUAUGUGUCCAUAGUCGACCAGAGACCCACACCUUACUAGCAGCAGACAGUGAAGGCAUAGUCAGGGAGUGGAAUCUCACUUCUGGGAACUUGCUACGGCAGCUGGAUGUUGAUGAGGAUCUGCAGAAAGUGCAGUUUGUUGAUAACACCACUUUUUUCAGCCAGACUACUUAUACUUUCUCAUUGCACCAGCUGCCCUACUUUUAAAGCCUCUUCAAUGUCUGUGGUUCUGCUUCCCAGAAGGUACAGUGGGCCUGUUGUGGCCAUAUUUGAACCCAGAUCCACUGUGCUACUGAGGAUGGUUUGUUGCCCUUUCUGUUUCCAGUAACAGAGAAUGUCCUGGUUAUAACCUGGCCUCUGCUUGUUAUGGAUAAGGCUGUGGUUUGGACCUAUGACUCAGACAGAGAGGCGCAUUUUAUGGCAACAUUCACUUUUGAUGUGCUGGUGUUUGAUGCAACCUGCUCUCCUUCUCUGAAAGUUUUUGUCAUAGAAGCCGUUGAUGGCACAGUCUGGAUCUGGGAAUUUCAUGGUGGCCUUGUAGCUGAGUUGGACUCACAUUGCAUUUUGGCCCACUCUGCUUUGCCAAUAAUCGGGGUGACAUGCUUUUGACUUUCCACCAGAGUCUCUAACUGGAAUGUCCCCACCAGCUCUGCUGAUUCAUCUAGCUAUCCUAAGCAAUGCAGAUGAAAUAAAAGGAGUCCCUAAGCCCUUCCUGCCCAGCUUCUUCUUUCCUUUAAAAUAGUGUUUGUGCCCACAUUUGUCUACCUUGGAAAAGGGCUACAGGAAUUACAAGGGCUAGAGUCCCUCAUCAAUAAACAGGUCAUUGCCUUUGACAAUAACAUUCCACAUGUUGUAGAGGAAGAGAGGGGCAGACCCCUUGGGAUUCAAGAGGGAUCUCAGUUGCAGUUUUUGAAAGAUAACGAUAUUCAUCUGUCUGCUCUUGACCACAAGCAUGAUCGUCUCCCACACAUGGUUCCUGCUCAGUUAUACCUGGCUGGCUGGAAUAGACUCAGCCUCUACCAUAUUUUACAGCACUUCUUUGGUCGAGGGUGGCAGUGGCCCUUUGCUUCUGAUGGCUACAUCCCCAAUUCAGUGAUCUGUGCUUGUCUUUGACCUGAAGGUACCCCAGUCUUCCUGCAGUAUGUUCUGAUACCAAAAUCUGUUCUAGUUUGCUAAUGCUGCCAGAAUGCAAAACACCAGAAAUGGAUAGGCUUUUAUAAAGGGGAUUUAUUUGG